UUGGCAUCCCAUUGUGCACAUACCAGCGCAUUGUUUAACUUUAAAUAAUUUAAAAUAAUUGGUUGUUCUCAUUGUUAGUGCAGCGGCUGCAUUUUUACUCUCUGGAACGAUAUUCGAAAUGGUCAAUGAGUUGAAUAAACCCCAAGAUAAUUCCGCGUUGAGCGAGCUUCUGGCGGCCUCCAACCGUCAACUGCAGGAAAUGCAAGAGGAGCAUCGACAGCUGCAGGAAGAAUUGUCUAGAUUGAGUGUGCAGCGCCAACAAUUGAGACAGGCGACUAGAGAGCACCAUUCGCAGGUUACCUCAACUACAAUAAGCUCAUCUGGGUCACUAGUAGGUUCUGAGACUUCAGCUGUCACGGAAGGAGCUGCUGCAGUGCAGACAGACGCUGCAGACGUUGAGGAGGACAAAGAAGAAACGGCCAGCUAUCUGCAGGAAAAGCUAGCCGAGAUUGCAAAUUUGAAGGCGCAAUUUAAGCGGGUACAGAACAUGACGGACUCUACUAAGCAAAUAGAACAGCACUUAUCCUCACUGGAGUCACAAUCCUCGACUGUGAUGCAGAGUAGACAAACGAAGGUCAUGGAAUCCGUGCAAUCGAGCAGUAGCACCAGUAGCAGCACCAGCAGAAGCGCACUGUCAUCAUCGGAGACGGCAACAUCUGCUGCAUCUGAGACCAGUGCCACUCCAGAUAAUAAGGAACUGCUCAAUGCAAUGAUUAAUAUGGUUACGGACUUCACUAGUGACUUGCGUGGUCAAGAGGAGACCUUGAGGGCGGAGCGACUGCGUAUCAAGACGUUAAAGGAGGAAAUUAUACAGCGCAAGCAGAGCAAAUAGAAUAAUUACAUUUUAGUAAUGAAUCCCCUUGCUGAUUACUUUACACAAACAUAAAAAAUAUGUAAUUAUAAUUGAUUAAAUCAUAAUUCUUUAAACAUGCAGUUGA